AUGGAUCCCUUUUCGGCAGCCACCGGCGUAGCUGGCCUCAUAUCCUUGGGCAUUGAGGUUUGCAAAGGUCUGAACGCGUACUGUCAGGAUUAUCGAAGCAAGGACAGCGAGAUCCUCGCCAUCGGCCAACAUGCAAACAAAUUGAGAGCUUUCCUUUACUUGAUUGAAAGUCGCAUGAAGGGAAACUCCCAGGUCGAUCAAUCUCUGGCAACCACAUUCGAAGACUGUCAUGCCACAUGCACCCUGUGCCUGCAAGACUUCGCAGCACUAAACACGAAGUACACUCGUCCGAAAGCUGUUUCUGGAUUCAGAAAGCAGGGCAAGGCAUUUGUACGGCAACUACAGUUUCCGUUUCACAAAGACAAGUUCGAUGGUCUCAAAUCUCAGAUGCUCGAAUUUCAAAACGCUCUCUCCAGCUGUUUACUUUUGCUGAACUAG